AUGUUAAAAGAUAGAAUAAGCUUAACUGAGGAGGAGAUUGAUGACAUGCUAUCAGCAAAGGAUCAAGAAUACCAUAAUAUGAAUCUACCUAGGCUUUGGAGAAAGAUCAAAGACAUGAGCUUUAAAAGUCUACAUGCUUAUUACUUAAUUAAUGAAGAUAACAAAGUCAAAUAUCCUUUCUUGGAGUUUGUCCAAAUUCUUAAAACAUGUUUAGAGUAUCAAAUCACCAGACAAGAAGCUAGUGAAAUGACGUUCGAAAAGUUUAUAAACCAGAAAUCAAAUAAUGGUGAACUUCAGGAAACAUUUUCAAUGUUCUUGCGAGAUUAUUACGUUUUAUCAACUUUCAAUAAUUUUGUUACUCAAGAGCCACUUCCAAUUGCAAACGCUUCAGUCCUUUAUGGACAUGUGUUUGAUGAAUCAUUCACAUCUGAGAGUGCAACAGUAAUGCUUCCUGCUUUAGAAAUGCUAAUAUGUAAUGUCAAUUGUAGAAAUGAUGGUGAAAUAUCUGUCAAGAAUUAUAUUUCUCAGAAAACGGAUUUAUCAAUCUUGACAGAAAAUGUAAAGUUUUGUGGAAUGUUUAGUGAUAAAGUGCGUUUAAAGCAUCUAAUUAGUCUAUACGAAAGGAUGGAGAGCAUGAAAACAUACAAUUUUGAUAGCAUAGAUGCGAAGUAUAAGGAGCCAUUAUCGCAGCGCAUGAGGAUGCAACUUCUUAGACAUAUUAACUUUGAAGAGCAAUUUCAUGAUAAUCAAAUUUCUGCUGGUGAAUUAUUGAUUGCUUUGAAGCGAUUUUUGAUUCGCUACCUGAUGAUAGAGUCAUCAGAGAAUAUAUCCCCAGAAUAUGAACUAACCAACAUUAUAAAUGAAGAAGAUUUCAAUUGUUGGCCUUCGAGUAGUUCUCUUGAAGUUGCAAAAAAACUGUUUCCAUCUGAUAUAAGAGUUGGCCAAACAUAUUCUAUAUAUGAACUCAUAAAUUCUAGACAAACAAGUAGCUAA